AUGGACAGCACCACUGGCAAGAAUGCGUCUCCUCCCGGGGCCAAUGCCACCCAAGGAACAAAGCCCCUGGCUGCGACCCAGAAUCGCGUUCGGCGGAGGAAUCGCAUGAUCACUUCCUGCUUGGAGUGCCGUCGGCGAAAGCUCAAAUGCGACAAAUUGCACCCAUGCACCAAUUGCAGCAGGGCUUCUCGCGAUUGUCUCUUCCUUGCUCCAGCUCUAGACUCGGUGUCUCAACAGCGUCUAAAUGAGAUCAAGGAAAAGAUGGGUUCGCUCGAAAAAGUCCUCGAGCAAGAUAUUGCCCGGAAAGAAGGACGCCCUGCUCCCUCGAAUUCCCAGAGGAGGACAUCGGCCGAUCUUCCCGGAGGUGAAACAAGUAGCUCUGACAACGAGGCUGCUGUACCGGAAGACGAGAAAGGCCUCGAGCCAACCCCCUUGGCAGUAGUCGAUGCUUCUUAUGAAGAUAGCACUAAUGAUGACGUUCUAGAUUUAGGAGUGAAGAUAGGAAGAAUGAGGUUGAAUGAACGGCUGGGUGGGUUCUUUCGUCCGCGCAUUCAUGAGGAGCUGAAUCAACAACUCGAGGAUCCUGCCACAGAAUCGGCAGGAGUCCACCACAAUGCGGCCACGGCGCCUGAACUGGUCGAUGAAACUGAAGACUUCCUGUCACCCGGACCUACAUACAUUGCUCCUGGCUCAGGGUUCUUGUUUGGCGAUGUUGGAAACAAAAGAUCCCUGAUCAACUUCCUACCAACCAAGACCGCAGCUGAUCAACUGGUACGCAACUAUUACGAUAACGUCCAUUUCCUUGCUCGCGUCGUGCACUGGCCAAGCUUCCAGCUCCAGUAUGACAACUUUUGGACCUCUGUACUUGCUGGUAUCGAGCCCCCACCCUGGCAACAAUCCUUUGUCCUGUCGAUUCUGUUCGCGGCGGUGGCUAGCAUGGCGGAAGAGGAGGUGACAGCCAUCUUCGCACAGCCCAAAAGCGUUAUCCUUGGCAGCUUCCAGACCGGAACAGAGGUCGCCUUGAGUAAAGCCCAGUUUCUCCGAGCAACAAAGCUUGAGACAUUACAGGCUCUAGUUGUUUACCUGAUUCCCAUGUGUCGAGACCAGGUGUCACGCGCUCAUUCAGUACUAGUGGGCAUGGCUGUUCGAUUAGCGGAAUGUAUGGGACUCCAUCGCGACCCCGAAGAGGUCUAUGGAUUGUCUCCCAUUGAGUGUCAUGUUCGCCGGAUUGUGUGGUUUGAGCUCUGCUGGCUCGAUUUUCGAACUUGCGAGGGCCAGGGACCCCGACCAGGCAUCAAACGAGAGGAUUACGACACAAGAUUUCCUCUCAACAUCGACGACGCCGAUUUGUUGUCGGCUCACCCUACAGAAGCCCAUACCCAGUGGACUGAUAUGACAAUGUCGCGAAUCCGAUUCGAAUGUGUUGAGAUGCAACGGAUCAUUUGGUUCGAUCGGAUCCGAAUGGAGAAGAAAAAGGCGUCUCUCACACAUGUUCUGGGGAAAAUCGAAUCAUUCCGCAGGACUAUGGAGGCCAAAUACGCACCGAUCAUCGACGUUGGUGUUCCGUUGCAGAAAUAUGCCCAGUCAGUGAUGAAUUUAUUCAUUCAGAGGUUAUAUGUCAUGGUGCUACAUCGCUACCUCCACAAUCCCAGCAACCGAGUGCCGGAACGGCUUCGGCAACUCACUGUCCAAAGCGCAGUCCAAGCAACGGAAAAUGCCAUGGCGCUUGAGCAGAUCCCGGAGUUAAAGAGAUGGAGGUGGUUCAGUGGUGCCUACCAACAAUGGCACAUGGCAUUCUUGCUACUCAGCCUCAUCUAUCAGGACCCAAAUUUGCCCCACGCAGAGCGGGUUUGGAACAUCAUUGACUUUGUUUUCGAGCCCGAUUUGUCGCUGCCACGGCCGAUGAAAGCCAGGAGCAUCAUAUCCACCAUCAGGGAUCGGACUGCGGUCUAUCUGGAUGUCCGCCGGAUGCGGGUGCCUGUCAGCAUGAAGGUCAAGGUUGAGGUACCUAACCGGCUAGGCGAUGACAGUAGUAGCAGGAGUAAUUCUGCGGCCCUGGCUCGAACUCCAGACUUCGUACCUCCUACCAAGACUUCGUCGUUGAUUAAGGAGGAAAGUGUCGAUCAGGCGUGGAGCUUCGACACGCCUGCAACCCUAUAUUUCUCGGAUUAUGGCCCUAGGGCCCUGAUCAACGCUAAACAGACAUUAUCGCUACAACAAAACCAACAGCAGUCACCACAAUCCCAGCUUCAAGCGCAAGCGCAAGCGCCUCAGCCUCCGCCGGGCCAACAGUUAGGCCAGCGCCAACAACAGAGCCAGGCUUCACCAAGCCAGCAAUUCGAUUUCAACAGCCCGAGUGACUCGGGGACGAAUGAAUCGUGGCCACCCCUAAUUAGCGCCGACCAGACCAGCUGGCGUACAGUUCUGGACUCGGGCAGCGCAUCGGCAGUCCCUCCUCCGCCACUGCAGGCGCCACAGGGACUGAAAGCAAAUCAGGCUUUGCUAAGUGAUGAGAAUCCUUAUAGUUUCGGAUCAGGAUUUCCGAACGACCAAGUCAACAUACCCCAGGUGCCACCUACGCUUCCCCGAGGGGAUUCUGUCAUGUUGGAUAUUGACUGGGCGGAAUGGGAUAAACUGUUCCCACCCGAAAGCGACGCAGGCAUCUAUGAUGUCCCGCCAGGUUUCCAAGUUCAGAACCCCUAG